AUGGCGCUGAGGACUGCUGGAGUGGAAGGGUUGCCGUACACCACCUCCGUGAAUGCUAGAGAAAGCAGCGGGUGUACGGACGCCGCCGCGGCGCCGGCAGCUAACAACAACCAAGGUGAGAAAGAUGAUUUAUACCAUCAGCUAUGGCUUUCAUGUGCCGGGGCGAAUGUUUACAUUUCCCGCCCCGGCGAGAAGGUUUUCUACUUUCUUCAAGGUCACAUGGAACAGGUCGAGGCAUAUGCAAACCAAGACGGUAAAUUGGAAAUGCCAAGAUACAAUUUGCCUUCCAAGAUCCUCUGCAAUGUUGUUAGUGUACAGCUAAAGGCUGAAGCUCACACAGACGAAGUGUAUGCUCGAAUUACCUUGCUUCCUGUGAUUGAGGAAGACCAGCUAAGUGUAGAGGAAGAAAAUACUCCAACCUUGCCUCGGCGAACCAGUACACGCUCCUUUAGCAAGACACUCACCCCGUCAGACACAAGCACCCAUGGUGGAUUCUCUGUUCCAAAACGAAUAGCUGAUGAGUGCUUUCCACCUCUGGACAUGUCUCAGCAACCACCGGUACAAGAUCUGGUAGCAAAGGACUUGCAGGGAUAUGAAUGGCACUUUCGCCAUGUAUAUCGAGGUCAGCCAAAGAGGCACCUGCUUACUAAUGAUUGGAGUACGUUUGUGGCUGCAAAAAGACUUGUCGCUGGGGAUGCAUGUAUCUUUGCGAGAUGAGAAAAUGGAGAACUGCGUGUUGGCAUACGCCGUGCAACCAUAACACAACACACUGCGUCAACUUCUCUUAUUUCUGGCCGUGCAACCAUACUUGCCGACGCUUUCCAUGCAGUUUCUACCGGCACCGUGUUUACUGUGUACUACCGCCCAUGGACGAGUCCUGCUGCAUUCAUACUUCCUUUUGAUCAAUACAUGGAAUCAGCCGAAAUUGACAAUUCCAUUGGAAUGAGAUUCAAAAUGCUUAAUUUGUUGUAGAAUAUUUAAUUUGUUGGGACACAUGUUUAAGUACAAAUGUGAUAUGAAUAUUUAUGUGCUAGAGAUCAUGUAAUAAUGAAUGUUC